AUGGCAGAUCUUGAGGAUAACGUCCAACAUUCGCACUUCGCAAAUCUCCAAUCUGCCCUUCCUGCUUCUAUAAUCUGGUGCUUGCAUCCAGAUCUUGGCCUUUUAUGGACACUGUAUGUUACUCUUAUGAUUCUCUGCUCUUCUGUUAGUUCAGACGUGGCACCUUAUUUCAUUUCUGAGCCACUCUCUGCCGUCCAGAAACUUAGUGAACCUAUAGAACUCUAUUGUUCUGCUAAACCUGUGACCACUCAUAUCUCAAGGUCGCAUAAUGUAAAAAAGAAGAGAAAUAUGGAAUAUAUUAAGAUUCAUCAGGGGAUUUUGACAAUUGUUUAUCUUAACUCCUCCCUUUUGGGUUACUACCAAUGCAUUUUCAACAAGGUCGAUGUUGUUGUAAGUGGCCCUGUAACAGUGUCCACAGCAGUUCUUGGCGAUUUUUGUUCACCCACAAAGCAUGUUAUUACAGCAGAAGAAAAAAGUGCUGUUUUCAUUGGCUGCAGUGAACCAGAGAGUAACCCCAAAGCUGAGGUGUGCUCUAAAAUCCAGGGAAAGUGGCUGAAGCAUUCCACAAAGAAUUACUUAAUCCUUCUAUCGAGACAUCUUUAAAUUUUGAAUAUAUCCUUAGAGGACAAGAAAUCAUACAAAUAUGCGGCUUAUAAUCCUGUCACACAUGAAAUAAAAGUUGAACCCAUUGGCCAAAAGCUCCUUGUGAGUCACCUUUCUUCAGAUGAUUUUGACAUUCUUCAUCCUGCUUGUUCACAGGUAUUAGUUGUUUUUUCACGUAUUCUUCUAACCUUGGAGUGUGUGGUUAGUGGGGUCUCAGCUCCUCAAGUGUGUUGGCUAAAGGACAAGCAGGAUAUUGCCCCAGGAAGCAACUGGAGAAGGUUGUAUUCUUAUGUUGCCACAGGUAGCAUUGACCCAGUGGACUCUGGAAACUAUUCCCGCGUGGUGGGAAACAAGACUGGAGAUGUGAAAUAUGUAACAUACAUGGUUAAUGUGCUUGAAUAUGCUACCAUUUCUAAAGGACUACAGGAUCAGAUAGUGUCUGGUGCCACAGUACAUGUUGCCAGUCAUAUUCAUGGAAACCCACCUGCCUGCCAUACCUGGUUUUAUAUUGCACAGCCUAUUCAUCCUUCCCCAUGACAUCUAAUUGCAGGAAAUUGACUGAAAGUCAGUGGGGUUAUUAUGGAAGAUACUGGGCUGUAUCAGUGUUUAGCAGAUAAUGGGAUUGGAUUUAUGCAGUCUACUGGAAGACUUGAAAUUGAAAAAGACAAUGGAUUCAAACCAGUUAUAAUCAUGGCACCAGCAAGUGCAAAGGUGAGAGGUGGAGACUUUGUCAUUCUGUCCUGCCAUGCCACUGGGCUGCCAGUUUUGGUCAUUCCUUGGUAUGACAGCUAUGGGUUAAUAGCCUGCCAUCUUGCUUAAGUCCUUAGACCUAAGUACCAAAAGUAACACUUAUCAAGGUCUGCAAUCUUGGACCUGAAGCCUGGCUACUUCCUCAUGUCCCAAGUUGACUCAAACUCUCUUCAUAUUUAGGAUGUGACUCAGAAACAUGUGGGGAAACACAUAUGGGAAGCUCCAGAUGGACACAAUACCACGCAGGGAGAAGCAUCUCUCAUGGUUGUUCCUUUUGAAACAAAUACAGAAGUGGAAAGAGUCAUACUUUCUGCUGCUACUCAGAAUGAUAAAAGAAAUAAAAGGGAUGGUUCAGAAACUGAAUUGAGCUCAUGUCCAGUUAAGGUACAUCCCAGUGCAGUGGAAUCAGCAUCAGAGAAAAAUGUUAAUGGCAUCGCUGUUCCUGUCGCCCACAUCAUACUGAUCCCCUGACAGACCCACACACCAGAUACGUACAAGCUGGUGUGGAGCGCAGGCAGGAGUGGUGGGCUAUCCAUUAAUGGGUAUUUUAUGACAUAUCAAAAGCUGAACAAUGGGGUUGGUUUGGUAGGAAUUUGACAUACAGUUCAAGUCCCAGGGAGUGAAAAUGAGCUCCAUUUAGCUGAAGUAGGGCCAUCUAGUCUUUACAAAGUCCUAAUAGUAACAAGAAGUGGAGCAGGUGAAGGACAAACUGCCAUGCUUACCUUCUGAACCAGCAAAGAAAAAACAGCAUUGACAAAAAACACCCAGGCAUUCUCUCCACCCAUGGGCAUCCCUAAGUAUCCUGUUGUUUCAGAAGCUGCAAACAAUUUUGGAGUGGUACUUACAGAUUCUUGAAGGCACAGCGAAGUUCCAGAGGCACCAGAUGGCCUUGCUAUCUCCAAUGCAUCAGAGACAUUGGUCUAUGUCACUUGGAUUCUCCUGGAAAAUUGGGUUUCUCCAAUCACUGCCUUCAAAGUUAAAUAUAAAAGGAUGAGGACCAGUGAUUGACUGGUGGCAGCUGAAGAUAUCCUUGCUUCCAAAAUAUCCGUGGAAGUUCAUAGUUUAGAACUGGGUUCAACAUACAAAUUGCAAGUCAUUGCUAUCCAUCAUCGGGGUUUUAGGAGUCCAGAGUCUUGUCCUUAUCAGGUGGCUGGGUUCCCCAGUCAUUUUUUCAACCAUCCAAAUGGAACUCACAUUGUAUACACAGAGGCUGUCAGUGUCACCCAGAUAGUGCUAAAGUGGACAUACAUUCCAUGAAGUAACAAUAACACUUCCAUCUUUUAUAUCUAUUGCCGACCAUCAGAUAGUGACAAUGACAGUGAUUACAAGAGGGAUGUAGUAGGAGAUUCAAAGGAGUAGCACAUGAUUGGCCAUCUGCUGUCAGAAACUUCCUAUGGCAUUAAAAUGCAGUGCUUCAGUGAAGAGAAGAGUGAGUUUAGCAAUGUGACAAUCUGCAAGACUACAGUAAAACGUGUUUCUGGAGUUUCUGAGUAUCCGAAAGGCUUGAGUAUCCCUCUGAUCCUCAGAAAUGAAGGAAAUAUGAGGCCUGUAACCAGCCCUGCCAGAAGCAGUGACAUGUUAUAUCUGAUCCUUGACCAUAUGCUGGGUGUCAUGGUCCUUAUUUUGUGGCUUUUUAUUGCAAUGUGCCUGUGGAAGAAUCACCAGUAGAAUACCAUACAGAAAUAUGACCCACUGGCAUAUCUCUACCGGGGAUCCGAUAUUAAUGGGCGGAUGGUGGAAUACACCACUGUCUCAGGAGCAAAUGAGAUAAAUGGAAAUGUUCAUGGAGGCUUCCUGAGCCAUGGCAGUCUCAGCAGUGGCUGUUCCCACCUUCACCAUAAGGUCCUCAAUGGAAUCAAUGUAAUUGUGAAUGGGAGCUUAAAUGGAGGACUUUACUCUGGGCACACCAACUCUGUAACCAGACACGUGGAUUUUGAACAGCCUCAUUAUCUAGUGAACGGUGGUGGAAUGUACAUAGGGGUGCCUCAGAUUGACCCUCUGGAAUGUGUUAACUGUCAAAAUUGUUGAAACAACAAUAACUGUUUCACCAAAACCAACAGCAAUUUCAGCAGUAUCCCUCUUCCUGUGGUCUCUAGGGUGUCACCUUGUCCUCAGUACGGUGUGGGAAUCAGGCCCCUCAGUCAAAUGAAGAUGCCCAUAUGCCUGGCUUGCGUCCCUGAUUGUGGCCAGUUACCUCAGGAGAGCAUCAAGAACAAUGUGGAACCAAUCUCUACUCAGCAUACUUGCUGUCAGGAUAAUAGAAACAAUGUCAGCUCUAAUCACAUAGAAGAUCCAGAAGAGUUCAUCAGAGGAGACAGCUGUGUCUCUUCAGAAAUGGACAGCAACACUUUACAUUGGAAUCUUCUUAUUUUGCCACCUAUCUCAGAGGACUGUGCUGAAAAGACAACAUGGCCUCCUCCUGGUGUUCCUUUGGACAGCCCCUCAGGGGUCCUCCAGCAGCCCCAGGAAACCAGAGGAUAUGCAAACAACCAGUCAUGUUCCGACUUCAAUCCUGUAACUAACUGCACAAAACAUGCCUGUGAAUGA